CUCCGGCUGGAAUAUUUGUAGUUUCUGCAUGGACUUGCUGUCAUAAAUCUUAAUAUGUUCUCCAAUGACGGUUGAGUCUUAGUUCCCAUCGAGAUUUCGACAUUUGGCGUUUACUCCCGUCUUCUUGCCUUCCUUGAAUCCAAAAAAAAGGCCGUGGUCAUGUAUCCUUGUACCCCUUAGUUACACAAAUUCUUGAAACAUCAUUCUUCUCUCUUUCUCAUUGUUCUGUAAACCAGAUUAACAACGGCUAUGGAGCUCAAAGAAAAUGAUCCAACGCUUUCCAGAUUAAGAUCAGCCUGUGAUGAUCUCAAAAAACUUGUUCAUACCUCGGUUAGUGUAGAUGCAAGCUUAGAAGAAGCGGAUAAGAAAUUUGCUGUGAUGCAUGAAUCUCUAAGUAUGGCAUCAAAAAGAGUUGCUCCUUUACAAACACUUUCAAUUGCUAACAAAGCUCUUGAUACCAGAAUAAAUCGAGCAAUUUCUCCUGCUCUUACCCUUCUUCAAAGCUUCAAACUCUCCGAGUCCCUGCAACGUAAGCUCCUUGAGCUUGCCGCGAAAUUAUCUAAUGAAACGGUACCGAAGAAGAGGCUUAAGAAAUUGAUCAAGUACGUGGAGUGUGUGGAAAAAUUGAACGGGUCGAUCGAUUCUAUUAGUCAAGAGUGCGAGCCAGCAAUCCAGAAGUUGCAGGAAGUGGUGGAGUUUCUGAGUAGGACUAAGGCCACAGAUCAGUACAGGACGCAGCAACUUAAGGAAACUUUGAUCACUCUAAAGGCUCUUUAUGAGACAGAGGUUGAUGCAAUGAAGUUUGAUGGUUUGCUUGAUGAGGCUUUACUGAAUCUGCAAGAUGAAUAUGAAAGCUUGUUGCUGCAGCUAAGGCAUGAGGAUAUAGGCCAAGCAGAGAAGGAUGAUGUGCAGGAGAUUGUGCCUACAGUGUUGGGCAGUGAGCUGGAAAUUGAAGUUCUUGAACGAAUUUCAAGGACCCUGGCUUCCAAUGACUGUAUGGAUAUAUGCAUCGAUAUCUAUGUGAAGGCAAGAUAUAGAAGAGCAGCCAAAGCAUUGAUGAGACUGAAUCCAGAUUACCUGAGGACUUACACUCCCGAAGAAAUUGAUGAGAUAGAAUGGGAGAACCUAGAGACAGCAAUAUCCCUUUGGAUCCAACACUUUGGACUGGCAGUGAAAUCUGUUCUUGUAUCAGAGAAGAAUCUCUGCAGUCAAGUACUAAGAAGCAUUAUGGAGGGAGUUAUAUGGCCUGAAUGCUUCACCAAGAUUGCUGACAAGAUCAUGGCUGUCUUCUUUCGGUUUGGUGAAGGGGUUGCGAGAUGCAAUAAAGAACCACAGAAGCUAUUCAAGCUCCUAGACAUGUUUCAUUCCUUGGAAAAACUAAAACCUGAAUUCUCAGAGACUUUUGAUGGUGAAGCUGGUGCUGAUAUCUGUGAUAGAUUCCGAGAACUUGAAAAACUUUUAGUUCAUGCUUCAACAAAAGUCUUUUGGGAAUUUGGCCUUCAAAUUGAAGGUAACCAAGACGGUCUACCUCCACCACAAGAUGGCUCAGUUCCAAAAUUAGUUCGAUAUGCCAUUAACUAUCUCAAAUACUUGGCAUCAGAAAUUUACAGUAAACCCAUGGCUCAGGUAUUCAGGAUUGAGCAAUCAUGGAAAGCUGGCAUUCUUUCAAAGCCAGAAACAGACGAGAACUUACUCAGAGAUGCUAUUGCCAAUGUCAUGGAAGCGAUCCAGAGGAACAUUGAGUCAAAGCGAUUACGUUACAAGGAUAAAUCACUUUCCAAUGUAUUUGUCAUGAAUACUUACUGGUAUGUUUACAUGAGGACAAGAAAUACUGAACUUGGGAAGCUCCUGGGAGACCAGUACAUGAAAAAGCAGUACAAAAUCGUUGCAGAAGAGUCCGCAUAUUUGUAUCAAAAGCAAACUUGGGGAGCUUUAGUGAGAUUGCUUGAUAAAGAAGAACUCAACAGAGUUAACAAGGAUGGUAUUGGAGCCGUUGCAAGGGGGAAAAUGGAGGCCUUCAUGAAAGGAUUUGACGAGAUGCUGCAAAAGCAUAGAAGUUUGUACAACAUUCCAGAUGCAGACUUGAGAGACCAAAUGGGAGAUGCAACCAUCAAGCUUGUAGUUCCUGUAUAUGAAGAGUUCUUGAGCACUUAUUCUUCUGUUUUACAGGCCAAAUCCUAUCUAUCUCCGACGACAGUCAAAGGAUUGUUAGGACAAAUCUUUGAGGGUGGCAACCAGCAAAUGGGUAACGGGAGAUCAUCUCUCCGGCAGCGCGGUGAAAGAGAUUAUAUAGGUGGAAGGCUGUCAAUCUCACUCGAGAAUUCUCGUGAGAUGAAAGUUGGAAGGCCAUCAGUCUCACUAGAGAAUUCUCGCGAGAUGAAAGGCUAUAGCCGCUCCAGAUCAAACAGCAGUGACGUGUGAAAGCAGUCAGAGAGCUAGAAGGCAUCGUUACAAGACCAUUUUGUCAGAUACCUUCCAUCUUCUAAAAAUUUUGAUUAUGGAGAUGCCAAAAAGACUAGUUAUGAGAUUUGACACGGUUAAAAUUUUCGCAUCCUAACCAAAAGCUUGUUUUGUAUUAAGGUUUGAUGGGUUGGCUUUCCAUCAGAGUAGGAGCUCGGUUUCUUCAAUGACUGCUAAAUAGCUCUAUGUGGUUAUAGAGGAAUAGGUAAGACUGGAAACGCUUCAGCUAGACAUUUGCAUCUGUGCUUCCAAGGAUCACUGAAACUUCUUUGCUUGCUACAUCGUAUACUUGUUACAAGCCAUGGAAUUUUUGUGCAAGAUUUGUGAUAUUUUGUACGGAAAGGAUAGAUUUAAAGUAUG